AUGGCACCUGCCCUCGGAUCUGGUCCUUCGUUGAAAGCUGCAGAUGGACACAACGUUGAUGGCUGGGCGGACGAAGACAUCCGAAUAUACAACGAACUCCUCAGUGAAAGAGCGAAACUAGAAAGGGAGAAAAACGAGCUUGAGCAGAAAUCCUCCAGGCAUCAAACUCAACGAGCACUACUUGCUGAGAAUUCUACCACCCUAGACAACUUGUUCAGAGUCCAGUUCGGGGGGGAGGUCAAGUUCGUAGGUGAAAGCGUAUGUUGCCUGGACACAGACCUUGACCAAGCCUGUGCAGUGGGAUCCCAUACCACCUGCGGUCAUGACAUAUGCACACGAGCCAAGACCAAGGGUGUCUCGUUGACGGAACUGGAUACGAUCAAAUAUUAUCAUGCCAGGAUCCUGUCUGAGAAAUCCCAAAGGAUGCAGAAUGCCUUGCGCAAACAAAGAGACGUUGAGCUCGUUCGGGUCAAAAGGGAGGAUGAAUUGGAGCUUGCAUGGAGGGCACGGAGAGCCGCUGUUUCAGACAAAGACGUGGGCGGCAGUGCUGAGAUGCCACAUGGCUGGCAAGCUGAAGGUUCUGGCAUUGUGAUUCCGGCAUCCCUAGACACGGUUGCACCCAGGCAUGUCUUGCUUGAUCCCAAGAACAGUGCCAUCUUGGAGGCCGCUAAGGAGAAUGAACAUGUUGUUCGCCGCAUCCGGGGCAGGUUGGAAAGAAUUCGGCACGAUGUAAAUGCAGGCAAAGUCUCGCCGGCAGAUGCUCGUGUGUCGUUGGACCAGGCCAAUGUUGAAAUGGCAGAGGCCGAGAGAAAGAACAAUGAGUUCAGGCAGUUAAUUAUGGAUGCCGAGCCUACCCUCUCACGCGCUCAUCAAGCUGACCAUGCCAGUCUCGCAAACGCGCUCCAGAAUACCUUGGCCGCCUCCACCACUGACAAUUUCUCCAAUGCCCUCAAUGUCAUGAGAGGCUUCUUUAGCACCUCCGACCCCCAAGAAGUCCAAACAGCCAUCGGCGAGCUACGCCGAGUCCUUGAAGUUAACGGACCGAUGACCCCGAUCCUCCAAAAGUCUUUCCAAGCUCUUUCAGAGAUGUUGGCCAAAUCAAAUGCCAGAGUCUCCAAUACCGAUGCCACUGGCGCCACCCCCAACGACGGCAGAUCCUGGGCCUGCCACGACUAUGUGGACGUGACGAUGCACCUCAGACCGACGCCGGACAGCCAGUCCUCUACUCUUGGGCCCCGCGAACUGAAUCUAGACAAAGACACGAUCAAAGCUAAUUUCGAGUGCAUCAAAGUGGAAGAGGCGGCCAAGAAGGACAUGGAGAAGAUCGCUGAGAGGAUGUCCGAUGAUACUGCUGACAACGUCGCUGCUGCUCUCAAGAAAGUCAAAUCGAAGGCUCUGCUCAAAUCCCCCAUACCGCCUCUAUCCGAAAUCGUCCUUGAAGAUGUGAUUACCGACAUUCUGUAUUACCGCUCUGUCAAAGCUCUGGUGGCUGAAGCGGCCGGCGCUGUCACUCUAUCCUCUAUUUCCGGCAAACUGACCUCGCUUGUGAUCAACAUGGCUCGAAAAGAGCCAGAAAAGUACGUGGCUACAUUGGAGUUGGUCAAAUUUUCCAUCAAGAAGAUCCUAAGCACACAAAACAAGACGCCCUCUGCAAUUCUUUCCGAGGCUGUAUCAAAGGUCGAAGACUCAAUUCCCAAAUUCGUCGCAGCACAUGAAGCGAAACUGAGAAAGGGUGGCACCAACAACAAAAUCCCUCCAACUGGCUCCACGGCAGCUUCUGAGACGAUAUCUAGCUUCUCUAAAAAAGCCCCUUUCGCCAAAUACCUCCUCACGGGCGACCUCGUCGAUAGGGAGUCGUGGAAUGUCUUCAUGAACUUCUUCAGGACACAACUUGUCCACGAUGCGGGUAAGGUUAGAGACCGAGUUAUGGCGCACUACCGCAAACAUCGGGAUGAAGGGAUUUGGGAGAUCUUCCGGGUGGUCGCCGAUCAUCACACCCUACACAACUUCCGCUUUGAACCUUGGCAGGCCGAGAAAGAGUUGUACCGUGCCAACAUGACGGUUGCUGCUCUAAGCCGUGAAAAAGUGCUCGACGCGAUUCUGGCGUAUCAGAAACGUGGCAUCUGCCCUGGAAUGGCGGCUGUCGCGAUAUCUCAGCGUCUCACCUAUCAGGUCAGAGACGACUUUGAUGCUGCUAAAAGCAGUACGAUGCUUCUGAGGAACCUCUUCGACCACUACAAGCCACUUGACAACCGAGACUGGUUCCAGUCGUUCAGUUUCAUAGCCCAGGCCAUGAUAGACCUCUUUGCGGUCAUAAUCUUUCAAGCGAAAGGUCUCGACCCAAAAGAUGCGCCGAUUCUCGCUGCUGAUGUAGUCGGUAUCGUCUGCACAUUCGUUCUGCGAGCAGAGAGCCCCACCGCUGCCGCCACCAAUCUCCAUGUGAUUCAGGCUUUCAUAUCCAGUACCUUGGUGAACCACAAGGAUGACAUCGAGCUCGGCAAACUGCAAGGUGUCCUGCUACGAUUCCUUCACAUAUGUGGGGACUCCCGGUACAGAUGCACGCCUGACCACGCAUGCAAAGCACUUAUCACGGCUUUCAAUACUGAAAAGUACAAGGCGCUUGUCCCUGCGCCGUUGAAUGUCAGCAAGCAACCGCAGCCCAAAAAUUCCAGCAAUCAACAUCAACCUCAAUUGACACUGAACAAUACCAUAGAAUAUCUGAAGCAAAGUUUGGCCAGCCAGCCAGCAGAGAAGCUGGUUCCCAUCAGAAUUUACAUGCAAUGUGUCCAUGAUUGGGAGACAGCGACGCUACUCGCACCCCAUCUGAGAUGUCUGCAGUCUGGAAAGACUUGCACUUGCUCAAAAGAGGAUCAGCUAGCUGCCGAAGAUUUUCAGAUUCGCAAGAACAUAUUGGAUGCCGGCUUUGAAGAACUGAAGACCUACCUCAAAAAUGACGAAGAUCCACCUAGGACAUUGUGGGUACGUCUUGAGAAGGAGGCCAAAUCGCUUCGUGCUCUUACCGUGCGAAAAGCGGACGAGGCUGAGAAAGAGACUGAAAAGAAAGCUGCGCAAGGGAGGUCUCGUUUUGCCGAACACAUUGGUCACGAUUCGGAAAUAGACACGCGUCUGAACACACGACGCAUCAAACUUAAACAAGUUGCAGUCAACUUUCCCAGAAUUCAGAACAACCUUUCCAGCAAUUCAUCGGUGACCGGCAAUCUAGAGAAAGACUCAUCCGAGGAUUCGGCAAUCCAUCAAGCCGGCAAAGCGACCUCUGCAGCCAACCAAGCGUCAACUUCGAAGAUGGGACAGGCUAACUCAGUGGACGACCACUCCAAGGUCGAUCAGCCUCUCCCUCCGUCAACUUCUGCCUCGAUAAAUGCACCUCACCUGACUGACCGGGAACUUGUGAUGAUGAAGCAGCUGGUCAGGUUUGUCGACGGCAUUUUCAAACUGGAGGACACCACCGCGGAUAUCAGUGGUCUCUCACAAAAAGAGGCGCUCAGAGGUAUCUCCAAGCAGCUUCGUCAAAUGGCGGUCGGACACCUCGAAAUGGCUUGGAUCGUCACAGAAGCCCAAGGGUAUUUCGGCUUGCAGGCCUGGAUCGAGCGUAACUUCGGCAGAAAUGACGCGGACGGUACCGACACCGAUGAUGAUGAAGACCUUACCAUGAUGAAGGACGCUACCACCGCCAGUUAUGAAAAGGGCAGAGGUCUCAAUGAGACGCAAGAACAAAUCCAGGACAAACAAGUCACUCCAGCAUCAGGCGCUGCAUCGGUAGCACAGCAACACCAACAAGCCACCACCGCUACGGAAACAACUGGUCACGACUCAUCAGCACAGAAGAAGACCGGCUCCCAGCGACGCAAACGCCUACCAAAGGGCAAGCGCUAG